CUACCGUGUAGGUUGGGCGUAAUGCACCCAUCACAAGAGCAUCAGCAUCCAGACGAAAAUAGCGAUGCGAUUUCGGCUCUCUAGCGAAUCAAUCGCAAGCUGACAGCUGAGGUGGUGGCUGAUGCAACCUUCCAAGGUUAGCUCCAUCGUACUGUCGCUAUGCUAAGCGAGAAGCUGGAGAAACCAAGCUUAUCGUAGGAUGUGACAUCGAAGUGCUUAUGCUUUGUCAUAGCAUCGGCUGUUCGCGUGGACGCUUGCCUGACCGCACCCCGAGCCCUUUGCUCCUCGGCGGACGAACCGCCUCCACCAAGCUGAGACCUCACGAGAGAACAGCGGAAUCUGCUUCCCAAAUUACUUGAGAAAAACAACGUGGGCUGAGCGCAGUACCGUCUCACGGACGUCAGGUCUCCCAAAGCGCACUGGUACGAUGCUACGUGGAGGCAUUGCUGAAGGCCAUCCAUGACAAACAUCGCAAGCUACAAUGGCAAGGCUGGAGGGUGUUCAGAUAUAUAAGAACAAGACCUAUCUUCACUAUAUGGAAGAUCAUCUCAUUACACAACAACAAACCAACAACAACUUUCUACUAUCUCCUACUUUCUAUCUUCACUUAAUCAUCUCCUUCCAACACUCACUCAGACAACCUUCCAACCACACACCAAUUUUCAAUAUGAAGGCCUCCAUGAUCAUUGCAUCUGCCGCUGCUCUCUUCACCUCCGCACUUGCGGCUCCAGCCAUCGCCCGUGAUGCGCCCCUCGUCUUCACCGUCCAGCUCGCCAAUGACCAGAGCGGCAAAAACGCCAACGCCGAUGUCAUCGUCAACAACGCCGCCGUAACUUUCGGCCAGCUCUUCGGUGGUGCCUUCGGCCCCCAGGUCUGGGCCACUUCGCUCCAGGCUGUCAGCCCCGGUGCUGGUGGCAACAACGUACAGUGCGUGGUCAAGGACCCCAACUACCCCGGACAGGCCAUUGCGCUCAAUGCCUGGAACACUUUCAUCGACCUUGAUGGAAACGUCAACGUUGCUACUCCUACCGACGUAACCUACUUCACUAUUGAGUGCCAGUUGUAAACGGCUAUCUGAACGGGUCAACAGGGGAGUGACGUGAGGGUGGUAGACGGAUAGUAAUGAUUUGCGAGGACGUUCCUUUGAUCUUUGGUACAUUUGCAUAGCGAUUCUGGUGUUAUUCUUUUCUUGUUUACUGUUAUACACAUUCCUUCGCCCUUAACAUGGGAACUAGAGAGGCUUAGUAGCUAAUAUCACUCCUUUGUGAGUGUGAAAUAUAACUCACAUUCAUACAUUUUCGAAUCGUUCCUUCUACCACAGACCUAGACGCUAAAGUAUGCUAAGAAUAUAAAUCAGAUA